AUGUUAUCUCCGAAAUAUUUCGGAGUAUUUCUUUUCAUUGCUUUAACUGAGGCAGCCGUGAAUCGUCGUGACACGGCUGUUCUCUCGCAAGUCAACAAUGUUUUCAAAGAUAAUUGUCGAGCCAAGUCAGGCGGCGGUUGUUCGUGUGAUAUCAAAUGGGGCGAUUCUGUUGAGCAACGAGAUUUCUACAGUGACACGGAUUGCAAGAAAUCUGUUGAACAACAAACCGUUGACAACAAGAAAGCCCUCAACAAAGAGAUUCAACAGAAAUUCGGAGGAUUCAAGGAUAACUGUUUUCCAAAGCCAUCUGGCGGAUGCAAAUGUGAGGUGAAUUUGGGUCGAACCGGUGAUGCACCACAAGUGAUCGAAUAUCACAAUGAAGCUGAUUGCAAAAAGAGUAUUGAGGCGGAAACAGCCGAAAACAAGAAAGACGUCAACGAAGAAAUCAAACAGAAAUACGGAGACUUCAAGGAGAAUUGCUUCCCAAAGCCAUCGGGUGGAUGUAAAUGCAAUGAGAAAGACGCGAGUGGAGCCGAUGUGGUGGCAUCGUAUUCAACUGAUGCACAAUGCAAGGAGCUCGUCCCGCGAAACAAGGAAAAGCGUGAGGCUCGCGAGGAUACCCGAACACAAUCGCAAUUCCAAGUCAAUGUUCGUCAACAAAAAGACUCCGAUUCUCCAUCGCAAAAUGUUCGUGAUCCAGUGAGAGAGCAAGCCCAAGCCAACUAUCGAGCUGUUGUCAACGAGUUGAAUGAAAAAUUCAAGGGAUUGCGUGAAGGAUGUUAUCCACGACCAAAAGGUUGCUUGUGUGUUACUGGGAAAGAUCGAAGCGGAAAUGACAUCACGAGACGUUUCAUGAAAGACACUGAAUGCAAAUGCACAGCCGGAUCACCUGGAUGUCCUGUU